UUGAUAGAUGACCACUUCAAGUUGGGCAUUACUUUCUCUACUACUGCUAGAGCUCCACUGUAAAAGCUCAAGUUUUGGAAUCUGCAGCAUUCAUUCACACAUAAUUUUCUAAGCUAUUUCCUAGUUCCUGAAUCACAGCGGUGAUGCUGGAAGCAUUUGCAUUGAGGUUGGCUGCCAUGCUCUUCCACAUGGCCAGGCAAGAAACUGAUAUUCUCUUGGGUGUGCCUGGAGAAAUCAGCAAGCUUCAUAGGAUGUUCAGUGAUCUCAGCAGAAUAUUGAUCGAUGCUGAGAGGAACCACAUCUGCAACGGCAAUGCUACUGUGGGGAGUUGGGUGAGUGAGCUCCGAGACGCCAUGUAUGACAUGGACAACGUCCUUGACAAGUGGCAGAUCCUGCAGUGGGGAAAGGGGCCUUCAACCUCAUCUAUGUUAGAGUGUUGCAAAAUCUCUCUGCUAUUCUGUCGUUGCAACCCUGGUGGUACAUACAAAACUGGAAGGAAGAUCCAAGCACUUAACAAGAGGCUGGAGGGCAUUAUGCAAAGGAGCAAACACUUUGAUUUCAUCUCGAAGGUGGUAGGCUCAUCCAGGUAUCUCGACCACAAGGCUGUUAAAUACCAUCGAAAAUCUGGAUCAUCGAUCGUCCGCUCUGAUAUUGUUGGAGAGAAGGUUGAGCAAGAUACGAGGAUGCUCGUGAAUUACCUCUUGAGCCAAGUGGAUACUCGUGCCACAUGUUUGGACAUUUCCACAAUUGUUGUUAGCAUUGCUAUCGUUGGCCCUGGUGGUAUAGGUAAAACCACUCUAGCUCGUAUGAUUUUUAAUGACAGUGCUGUGGAGGAAAUGUUCGACAAGAGGAUAUGGCUUAGUGUUAACCAGGAUGUGGACGAAAUUGAUGUUCUUCAGAGGGUUUUAGCUGCUCUUGAUGGUAAAUCUAACCACAGGGGUUCUGUUGGAGACAAGGACCAACUUGAGUGUGCCCUGAAAUGUGCAGUGAGACACAAGAAGUUUUUGCUGGUGAUGGAUGAUGUGUGGAGUGAUAGCAUCUGGAAUGAGCUUCUUAGGGUCCCACUUAAUGAUGGUGCUCCAGGUAGCCAGGUGUUGGUGACUACAAGAAAUCAUGGAGUCGCAUGUAGGAUGAAAGCACAAAUAUUCCACCAUAUUGACAAGCUAAAUCUUGAAGACUGUUGGUCCUUGCUUAAGAAGGUAGUUUUCAAUGAUGAGGAUAAAUCUGAUAUCGUUGGGUUAGAGGACAUUGGUAUGGCUAUUGUAAAAAGAUGUGAUGGAUUGCCACUUGCAGUUAAGGUUGUUGGAGGACUUCUACUCAGCAGAAGCAGAAGAAGAGGUGCUUGGAUGGUCAUUCUUGACCACUCUGCUUGGUCAUUAAUGAGUGAUGACCUUAACAAUGCAGUCUUCUUGAGCUACGAAGAAUUGUCUCCUCCUCUAAAGCAGUGUUUUUUACAAUGUUCGCUAAUUCCUAAGAGUAAAGUAAUUCGGCGUAGAGCUAUUGUCCAGAUGUGGAUUGCCGAAGGUUUUGUAAGAGAUGACACUGGUUCUCAGCUACCGGAAGAUUUAGGAAUAGAGUACUACAAAGAGUUAAUCUCAAGGAACCUUUUAGAAUAUGAUACUCAAAUCGUGGAUAAGUCAGGAUGGAUCAUGCAUGAUGUUGUUCGCUCCUUUGCACAGUAUGUAAUGAGAGAUGAAGGGUUGCUGGUAAAUGAGGGAAAUAGCAUAAAUAGUUCUGUUGGCAAACUGAAGUUCCGCCGCUUAUCCGUGUCAAAGAAAGAAGUAGACUCUGCAUCUUUACAAAAACAAAAGUCACUGAGAACCUUGAUGCUAUUUGGGACGACCACAGUUGAGCUAAAGUUUUUACUGAAUAAAUUUUCUUAUUUACGUGUAUUACAUCUGCAAGAUGCAGAUAUUACUGAACUGCCAGAGUCUGUUUGUGACUUGUAUCAUUUGAGAUACUUGGGACUUGAAGGCACAGGCAUAACCACUAUCCCACUAGGUAUAGGAAAUUUGAAAUUCCUACAGCAUAUGGCCCUUAAUAGAUGUAAAAAUGUGAUGCUACUACCAGACAGCAUUGUGAAGCUGCAACAUCUGAUGUCACUAGACAUAAGAGGAACCAAGAUAUCCUCAAUAGUUAGGGGUUUCGGGAAUCUACAAAAUUUGGUCCAGUUGUGGGGGUUCCCAACCAACUUACAGGAUAACAUAGAUGGCCAGUGUAGCUUGGGAGAAUUGGGGUCUCUGUCAAAACUCAGGUUGCUGAGUAUAGAGGGUUUGGAGAAGGCAUUUGCAGGUUCUAUGGUUUCUGAAGCUAAACUAAGCAGUAAAGUCCACCUCACAGAGUUGGAGCUUAGGUGCAGCAGUGUGUUCAAAGAAAACAAUGAGGUGGAAGAUAACCUCGGAGAGUAUCAUACACGAAUCGAAGAGGUGUUCGGUGAUCUUUGCCCUCCACCUCACAUAGAACUAUUUUUGCUUACUGGCUACUUUGGACAUCAGGUGCCUAAGUGGAUGGCAAGGAUGGAAGCAUUCCAGAACUUAAGGCUGUUGGUGAUACGGGAUUACCCAUGCUGUAAGCAGCUACCAUCUGGUUUAGGCCAGAUACCCUUCCUUGACUAUAUUCGGAUCCUUCAUGCUCCAUCAAUCGAGUCUAUUGGGCAUCCAUUCCUCCUCCCCUCCUUAGGCUGUGAUGCAAUUGGCAUGGAUGAGACAUCAGAGAUAACAGAAACAAGCACUGGCAUGAGGCAACCUUAUCAUCUUUCUUGUGGUGUUGGUGUUGCAUUUCCCAAGCUUAGGGAACUUGUUUUCGACCAGGUGAUAGAAUGGAGAGAGUGGGAUUGGGACGAGCAAGUCCAAGCAAUGCCUGUUCUUCAGUCACUUAGAAUCGACAGCUGCAAGCUGAGGCGUCUUCCUCCAGGACUUGCAUGCCAGACAAGAUCCCUUAGAAAGUUGUGCCUGGUGAAUAUCUUGCACCUAGUCUCUGUCGAGAAUUUCCCAUCACUUGUUGAGCUUCAUUUGAGUCAGAACCCAGAACUUCAGAGGGUCACUAACAAUUCAAGCUUGCAAAAGAUUGAAAUUACAAAUUGCCCAGUGCUAGUGAUGUUGGAGGAUUUGCCAGCACUACAGAGCAUGACUUGGGAUGACUUGGAUGCUGAAACACUCCCAGAAUACUUGCGAGAAGUGGAGAUAAACAAGUUGGACGUAAAAUGCAGCCUAAGAUUGCUUCAAAUGAUAUACUUGCGAGAUGCCACCUCCGAGUGGGGUAAGAUCCAGCAUGUCCAACGACUGAAUGCUCGCGGAGGCAGACAGCCUGAUGGAACAUACAAGCACUAUGUCCUCUAUGCCAAGGCAACAUCCUGCUUUGACACGAACCUCACCAGUACCUGCAGAUUGCAGGAUGCGUAUAAUAAGGAGCUGGCACAGGAACAGGGAAAUGGAAGAAACAUGAGAAAUGCAUGAAUGAUUCCAAUUUGCAAUGGUCAAGUUCAGAUUGGUGCUUAUAUUCUCCAAGCUUUCGUAAGGCAGCCUUCAAGUUGAAGCACCGUUGCUACCAUCUACUGCUUCCGAACAGAGUUUUUAGGAGCUGGGGAUAUUGAAGCAAAACGAGUUGGUUGCAGAUUGCAGUAUGGGUGGCUGGUUACCUUCUUGCGACUGUGAUGGUCUUGUUAGCUGACUGACUACAGAUAAUAGUAAUACGUGUUGCUGUAACCAUAUACUGAAAGCUAAUGCAUCUGUGCUGACUGUACAUUUUUCUUCAAUUCCUUGUCAGUACACGCUACAUGGCAUAGGGAAUAAAUGGCCAGAUUAUCAUCAUUCUGCUUUCUGGAAUGCAAACUUCGAUCUCCAUCUUUGAAAAAGGAAAAAAAAAAUGCAAUGUGCAUGUUUCGGCUA